UCGAGGAGAUUGUGGGCGAAAAUGAGGAAGUUACUCAGCAGUUGAAGGCAGGGACUAUAAAGGAGGAGCCCAUAGUCGUUGAGUCUGACGAUAAGGCGCAGAAAGUGGUGAGAGAGUCAGCCUUGACCAUCCUGGAGAGGAUGGAGGACCUGUUUGCAAAGGUCGGCAGGUAUCAGGAAUGACUAAGGGCAAUGUGUGAAAAGGCCCGGGAGUGGGAAAUGAGCCUUCCGGAGGUGAUGCUCUAUGGGUCCGGUCCGGAAUCGUCGUCAGGACCACAAGGGUGUCCAAGUGUGGCUACGGCUGGGACAGGCACUAGGUCAGGGAUGACCUUCAGGCCCCCUACGUCGCAUGGAAGGGUACCACAGGCUGCGCAGACUAGGGGCCAAAGCAAGGCUACCGCCAGUCAGGGGCCUAGCCAAGCACCUAGUCAGGCGCUCCCUCGAAAGGACCCUCAACCCGAACGAAGGAAGGAAGUGGUAGAGGUUCAAGAAGAGGAAGAUGAGGGUGAUGACGAAGAGGACAAGAGGCUUCGACAGGAAGAGGACCGGAGGGUGGAACAGAGGGCCAAGAAGAGAGGGGCUCAGGGAGGGGCGGAGCCGAGUCCGCAUGAUGGCGUGCCAAAGAGGAAGAAGUACGAGGUCCGGAUGGAGGAAGGCUUUGAUGUGGAGCGAAUGGUGGACAAGCUCCUGGAAGGCCAUAACGAUUUGAUGAAUCUAAAGGACAUUUUGGCCUCGGCACCAAGGCUCCGUGGUGAGCUAAAAGGGCGGCUCUCGCGAAGAUUAGUGCCCAAUGUCCACCUAAGCUCAAUUCUGCCCAGGGAGAUAGAGUGGACAGAGGCAGGCACCCGAAUGGAUUGGAAAUGUGUGGCAUGUGGGUUGGUGGACUUGAAGGUGAGGGUCCAACCGAGCAUCGCAAUGGUGGACACGGGCACGGAAAUGAACAUCAUUCGGGAGCGGGAUGCGACUAUGCUCAGGCUGGAGGUCGACCACUCGGACCAUGGCGUAUUGCAUGGCGCCAACUGCAAGGCCAUUUUCUGUGAUACCGCAUCUAAUGUGCUGGUGGAGAUUGGGAGAGUACGAGCGCGAACGUGCUUCUUCGUCAUGCCCGACGUCGACCACCCUAUCCUUUUGGGGAGGCCGUUCCUCUGCCGAACGGAGACCUUGGUCUUCAACAGGCAUGAGCGGACGAUGAUCCUGACUCUAUCUGAUCCGGCUUGUGGAAACUAUGAAAUCAUCAAGUGUCGGAACACGGGGCCCGGAAGUGGAAGGAACAGGCUCAACCUCGGCUCCUUUACCUUCGAGGAAUCUGAGUAUGAGCGACGGAGACUCCGGGAGGAACAGGAGGAGGAAGGAGCAGGCGAGGUGCUGUCCUUGAGCCUUAAUGAUGUAAAUAAGGCAAUGGAGGUGGUGGCGGCGCAUGAUAUGGCUGAGGCCAUAAAGGCGUUGAGAGAACAGGAUUUGCAACGAUUGAAUGUAGUAACGGUGCGGGACGCGGGAGGAUUGCCAAACGCGGACGCCCUGUCAGAGUCAUGCGCAGGAAGGCCUAUAAUCUCACUUAUAGACCUUUACUCUGGGUAUGACCAGUUUCCCGUAUACCCACCGGAUAGGCCGGUGACAGCGAUGCAUACGCCAAGGGGGCUGAUCCACAUGAACGUGGCACCUCAGGGGUGGACUAAUGCGGUGGCGAUGGUGCAAAGGCACAUGAUUAGGGCCAUGCAGACGGUUAGUCCACAUAUUACUCAGCCCUACAUUGACGAUUUGGCGGUCAAGGGCCCAAAAGAGAAGGAAGAAGAUGAAGUGAUGCCAGGGGUGAGGCGGUUCGUCUGGAAGCACGUCCAAGAUAUCGAUCAAGUUCUGGGUCUGCUGGAAGAGCACAACCUGACGGCGAGCGGCCCCAAGUCGAAGCAUUGCAUGAGGGAGGCCACGAUUCUGGGCUUUGUUUGCAACGAGGAAGGGCGGAGGCCAGAUGUGAAGAAGACGGACAACAUCCUAGAGUGGCCAGUCCCCUUCCAAUCGAUAAUGGACGUGAGGAGCUUCCUUGGGACCUGCGGGUUUUGGAGGAGUUUUGUGAAGGACUUCGCCACCAAGACGGAGCAUUUGAGGAAGCUGGUACGUCAGGACCAGAAGUGGGUCUGGGGCGAAGACCAGGAAAAGGUUGUGGAAAGAAUGAAGAGAGAAUUCAAGGAAGGAGGCUUGGUGCUGGGAGCGCCGAACAACGAGGUCACGGAGGAGAAGCCAUUCGUUGUUGAGACGGACGUCGGGCCAACUGCCUUAGGAGGGGUCCUGAUUCAGGUAGAUGCGGAUGGGAAGGAGAGGCCGCUGAGAUUUGAAAGCCGCACCCUCAAUACGACUGAAAGAAACUCCUCGCAGUUCAAGAAAGAAACGGUGCUCCAUUGCCUAAGGACCUUUCGUAACUACAUCUUUGGCAGGAGACUCAUUUUGAGGGUGAACCCUACUCCGCUUGCGUGUUCCCUGAAAAGUUACACUCCAUCUGACCCAACCAUCGCGAGGUGGUUGACCUACAUUUGGAUGUUUAACUUUGAGUUGGAGAGGAUUCCCGGGGACAAGAACAGGGUAGAUGGGCUGAGCCAUAUCACCUGGGAUGGGGCGGGUCAAGAGUCAAUUGAGGACACCCCACCAGUUGACGGGUUCUUGGAUCAGGAGGAGGAUGUCCGCCUCCAUAUAAAUGAGUUAGCAUUGGCAAGGACGCAUAGUCUAGCGGAGGAGGUAAGGACGAUAGAGGAAGGCCCGACCCAGGUAGAGGAGCAUGAGCAACUAAUGGGAGGGAUGUACUUGCUCACCAACACGCUCCUGCAAGGAAACUUUGACCAGAGGAGCGCAGUCAGCUCCGAAGAGGGCGAACUUCUCAUUCCUGAAAGUCAGGACGACGAGUUCGAAGAGGGAGAGAUUAGGGAGGCCUUCCGUGCUGAGGAGUAUGAUGGAAUUUAUCGGGAAUUGGGGUUACUCCUGUCGUGCGAAAUAAGGGAUAGGGACGCAAGUGCCAAAGCCCAAAAGAUGAGGCAUCUCUACGUAGUGAGAGAUGACCAUCUGUUCAUAAAGCGACAAGUUGAAAACCCCAAGAGGGUCGUAUGUGGAAGGAACCGGCAGAUCGAUGUCAUAGCAGCCUUGCACGAUGGUACAGCAGGGGGGCGAAGAGGGGUUAGUGCCACAUGCGCGAAGAUAAGUGAGUUAUACCAUUGGGAUGGAAUGCUGACUAUGGUCAUCAAGUACUGCCAAUCCUGUGUGCCUUGUCAGCAGAGGUCAGCGCAAAGGCCUGGGGAGCCUCUACACCUUAGGUUGGAAAGGGAAGUGGGGGCAGUUGUACACCUGGACCUGUUGUUCAUGCCACUUGGGGAGGAUGGAAGUAACUAUAUCUUCGAUGCACGGAACAACCUUACUGGGUUUGUGGACGAUCGGGCUAUCCGCACAAAAACUGGCCCCGUUUUAGCAAGGUGCAUCGAAGAGUACUACUUGCGCUAUCCAUUUGUCAGAGAGUUUGUGAUGGACCGGGGGUCGGAGUUUACUUGUAACGAAGUGCGGACCUUGCUUGCGGGGUACGGCGUGGUAGCAAAUUACACUACUGCCGCGCACCCCCAGGCAAACGCGCCUGUGGAGAGGGGGCAUAGUACCAUCACGAAUCUCCUGGUCAAAUGGACUGAAGGGAAGCCUAACCAGUGGCCGAAAUUCCUGAGAGCAGCAUUCUUCGUGGAAAAUGUUACAGUGAAAAGGAUUACCAAGUAUGCGCCAGCCACGCUAUGGUACGAAAGGCAUGCCACCUUUCCCAUAGAAAGCUUCAUGAAGACGUGGAGGCGCCAGGAUCUGGAAGUGAACCUGUCCUUUGAGGAGCUGCUCGAUAUACGAGCACGGUGUGACUUUUCGAAGGCAGUCAUGCAGAGGAUGGAGGGAAAGGGCGAGCAGCACGAGCCUCAUAGAAGGGAGCCUACGCCUGAGUUUGAUGACGCAACAUUGAGCUCUUCUUGGACGUAUAUCGGGACCAUGCGGCACAGAGAGGGUGUUGAGCCGGCAUGCUACGUACCAUUGGAGGAGCCCCUCGACCCUGAGAUGGAGACAAACAUGCGAGACCGAGAGGAGCCACAGGACCCUGAGAUGGCAGCCGAGCGGCCGGAUCCGGUACGACCUCAGGGGAGAGAGGUGAUCACGGUUGGGGACGAUACCCCUCCAUGCUCCCCAGCUCCAGAGCCAGCACAACGUUCAUGGCCAGAGGGGAUUCCUGAGCCAGGUAGCGAGGAGAUCCCGGAGUUUCCCCCUAAGGCCACCACUAUACCUGAGCAAGAGGCAGAGGCGAAGAAUCGGGGAGUGUGUGAGAGAGCGAGGAUGGAGGUGCCCCUUGACUUGCCCUUGGCCACACAGGUGACCAAGAGCCCAGAUAUCAAGGAGCCCGUUUCAGCAGAGUUACCGCUAGUACUGUCGUGCGCGAGCAAAAGGAUGGAGGCGGAGGCGUCAACUCCAGGAGGCCAGGGGCCGCGAGUGGAAGGAACCCCAAGAGAGACCCGCGAAGAGAAGUCCGCUCGAGUGCGGGUCCGUCUGGACGAGAUAUACACAAGACAGGCUGAGAUGGAGGCGGCGGGGAUAGAGCCGACACCGCCGGUCGAGCCCAAGACGAGUGAGCAGAGGAUCGACGAGUUGUGGGCUAGGUAUGAGAGCCAGAGGGAUGCAGCCCGCCWGAGGUCACGAGAGGCRGGACAGGCGGACGAGRAGAYGAGUGAGUUGAGAGAGAUGGGGGACUUGGGGUUCUCCGCGACCAGGCAGGCGAUUGAGCGCAUGGAUCGGAGGGUAUGCGAGACGGCAGUCACAUCCUUYCAGUGGUAUAAUCUACUCARCAAUGAGCUCAKRGUUAAGGAGUUGGAGGUGGAGCACCUGACUACKCAGCUUGCCGAGGAGAGGGCGAGGAGYAGGGCUAGAGAGGUUGASUGGGAGAGGAGAUUUGKGGAGAUGGCGGCCGCUGUGGRUAGGCUCUCGGCAGCCURGGAGGCUAGCCAGAUGGGGCGAGCCGGUGCCGAUAGCCAGGGCCGAGGGGUGCAGGCUUCGCCGGGUCAGGGAGCAGCGGUGGAGGUCCCUCGACAAGCCGAGCCAAUGGAGGAGGCGGCCUUGGACGCAAUCGAGGAGGAGAGUGGCGCGCAGGAGUCGCUUAUGGCUAUGUCCACGGAGAGGAGAGGUUCGCACUUGCAUGAGCUGGCGGUAGCCAUGGGGAUAGGCACUCCACAGGAGGGGCCUCAGGGACUCGACGCUCCAGAGCAUGCCCCGAGGUUGGGGGAGUUGAGGGCGGAGCUGGGCUCCUGGACCACGGGGACCGACUCAGGAGGGCCUGACUCGCGACGGCAAUAGCAGCAGGAGGUCAUGAGUGAGCCCGCUGCUAUGGGGGGCUCUCAGCCGUCAGGAGUAUGUAAGAAUGAGGCGA